AUUAGCGCUAAACUGUAAAUUGUUUUAAUUUUAGAAAUCCAGUUGGGCUUAGUUUAUUCGUUAAAGUUUCAGAGAAGCUGAGAAUGGCUCCAAAAUACAAGCUAAUCUACUUUCCUUCUAAGGCUCUCGGUGAGCCUAUUCGUCUGUUGUUGUCUUACGGUAACCAGGAGUUUGAAGAUUACCGUUUUGAGCGCGAACAAUGGCCAUCUAUCAAACCAUCAAUGCCGUUCGGCAAGACACCGGUGUUGGAAGUUGAUGGGAAGCAAGCGCAUCAGUCGAUUGCUAUUUCCCGCUACUUGGGCAAGAAGUUUGGUUUAGGGGGAAGCAACGAUUUAGAAGAUUUAGACAUUGAUGCCAUCGUUGACACCAUCAGUGAUUUUCGCUCCCAAAUAUGGGCUUUCUUCUACGAACCUGACGAGGAAUUGAAGGAGAAGAAGAAAGGUCCUGUGCUGGAAACUGUAGUGCCGUACUACAUGCCCAAGUUUGAGGAAGUGGCGGCAAAGAAUGGCGGCUAUUUUGUUGGGGGAAAGGUUCUGAGGUGGGCAGCUUCAAACAACAUGAUUGCGGUACUUUUCUGGCUGCAGUUAUUCGGCAAAGCUUUUGGAGAUUCCUACGAUGUCACAACUUUGUAUCGAUUGGAUGACAAUUUACUCAUAUCUGGGCAAACUGACUUUGAUGAUGCGAAUGCCACUCAGGUAACUUUAAAAGGAGCCACAGAAAUUCACAGCAGGACUAACGCUCUUGGUCUGCCAUUUUUGUUGCCAGGUAGACAAAUUAUAGAUCCGUCGGUCGGUGCUGAUUUUGCAGUUUGUGAUUCAAUUAAAUGUCCCUGGACUCUUACAAACUGGAACAAAACGAAGUACCCUUACGAUAUUCCUCAGCCACCAUUAAUUUCAAACGACAAUGAUUACUUCGACCAGGAAACGGAUGGUGGGGACAUAACUUCCUACAGGGAAUUCAACGAAAAUGUAGAAAUAAAAUUUCAACCAUUUGGCAGCAGUGGAUCCGCUGCUGUGUAUCUACUUGAUGGGGAGGCUGAUAUAACGACAAGCAGCAUGUAUGGCAUAAGAGUCUCACCCCAGAUGAGAGCAAUUGUAAUACGUUGCACAGGAGAUGGAUGGGACAAUUACUACAGAAUUGCUGAGAGAUACCCAAGCAGAAUGUGUACCGAAAUAUAUUCAACUACUUUUGAAGCAAGCCAAUGGGAAGUUAACAAUGGCCCAUAUAUUUUUAAAAUAACAACCACAUUGAAUAUAUUCACCUUCACUGUGACCAAAGAAGAACGAACCCUGGCUUUUAUGGAGUGGGACGAUGGGCGGUAUAUUAACUUGGAGUAUGUUGCCUGCGCCACAUUAGACUUUGGAGGACGCUUCUACUCUUUGGAAGACGUGUACGCGCUGGACGGGCCGACUGGGCGGAUGAGCAGCCCCGUGUUCGCGCCCGGGGGCAGCAGGCUGUGCGUGUCCCUGACGAGCUACGUGGCCUUGGAGGCGGAGCUGCAGCUGUCGGCGCAAGGAGCCGGCCUCGAGCUGUCCGUGGCCACGGAGGUUGCACGUCCGGAACUUGCUGAAAGGGCCUGGAGAACUGAGAGAUUUGUAGUAGACCUUCCUGCUGAGCUACAGAAGCAACACUUGUCACUAACACUCGUCGCUUCCAACCCAUUUGAAGGUCAUGUGUUAAUUCAGAGGCUGGCUGGCUGCAAUGCUGAAGCACCAGAAGAUAUUGCAAUUGUGUCGCAUGAAAUACCUCAAAAGAUAUUCUCUGAGAGUGGGUUCGAUGUGGCAGUGUUUAAAACUGAUUCUAAGAGAAAAUCAGUGGAACACCGAGAUGCGGACUGCCUGCACGGAGGAGUUCGGGACGAGGAAGAUGGUUUCUGUGUCUGCCCAGUCGGUUUCAUUGGGAAAAAAUGCGAAGAAGGCUGUGGGCCCAACAGUUUUGGCAAUGACUGCGGUGGUACAUGUUCCCCCACUACAAACGAGUGCCGGAACAUCAUAAUGUGUAGACCGAAGGUGAAAUGCGACUGCGCUCCUGGGUUCAAAGGUCAUAUAUGUGAUACACUAUGUUCUGAAGGAGAAUAUGGUGCUGGAUGCAAACAAACUUGUGGUCAUUGCAAAAAUAGUCAUUGUGACAUUUAUACUGGUGUUUGUCAUGAUGGAUGUAUCUAUGGUUAUGCAAGACCGUUCUGCAAAGAAGAGCUACGUCGCUUGAAAUCGCCUCCAACAUUAGACACCAUAGGUUUCUAUGAUGCUAGCGUGAACAUUGAUUUGAGUGAUGACAACCUGUUGGGUGAAGGAGAACCCAUAUUCUACCAGCUGCAAUAUAAGGAAUCCUCAGGAGAUGAAUGGCUGGAACACAAACUACAAGAAUUCCCAGCAAACACUUCACAGCCAAUAUCGAAAAGUAUUAAACAUUUGGUGCCUGGAACAUCUUACGAUGUAAGAGUUCUUAUUAUAUGUGCCGGCGAUGAACACACAGUAGAAGACACAUUGCCAAAAACUUCUUUUGUAGCAAUGUGCUUAAUACCAUUGGAAGUGGAAUACAACAUCAGUUUACAUUCCGUCACGGAAAGAGAGUUCUUUAUUAAAUGGGACUACAUUGCAAAGGAUAACACCACGUGUCCAGCGAUCAAGUACGAAGUCCACCAAUUCAUGAACUGGCAGUGGGCGCUAUACCGCGAGACUCCGUCUUCGUACAUGACGAUAACGGACGCUCUGCCGGGCUCUAGGCGCAAGAUUCGAGUUCGAGCUGUCACCGUCAACGGUCCGGCGAGAUUCUCGCCCGUGUUGGACGUGAAGCUGAGAGACGGCGUCCCCCAACGAGUGGUGCAUCUGCACGCGGAAGAGACUCUGCCGCGGGUCACCCAGAAUUCAGAAUACGUCGAAGAGGGCAUAUCACUGACUUGGCAACCUCCGAGACAAACAUCAGGAGUAAUAAGACAUUACAAAGUUUCAUACCGGUGUACUGGUUACGUGAGCUGCCAGAGAUAUAACUGCGAUCAGGCCGAGGAGCUGCAGGUUCAAGAGACGUCAGCUGUGUUGAGGGGCUUGUAUCCUCACGCCCACUACAUUGUCAGCGUGGCUGCUGUGUCUGGGAGUCAGGGACCUUGGGCUACACUUGCUCUGACUACGCACAGUGCAGCGCCCGAGGUGGCGCCGACAGCCAGCCAGGCAGCUGUCGCCAGCGCCACCAACAGCUCGCUCGAGGUCCGCUGGGAGCAGCCACGCGACUGCCGCGGGCUCAGGGGCGUCAUGCACGGCUACAAGUACUGGCUCGUGCCGGCUGGCGGCGCCACGGAGGUGGCUCGCGGCGUCACGGAGGAGACGAGCCUCGUGUUCACCGGCCUGCAGCCGCACACCGCCUACCAAGUCAGGGUGUGCGUGCUCACGUCCGCGGGCUACAACCCGCGCCACAUGCUCGUCUUCAACGCCACCACCAAGUCCACAGUUCCAGGGCCGGUGCGGGGACUGGUGGUGUACAAGCGCAGCAGGAAGCUGCUGGGAGUGCGGUGGUCGGCGCCGCUGGACGUGUCAGGCACCCUCAGCUCCUUCAGACUGUCCUUCAUGAGGACGGGCGACUCGGAGGAAACCAGCUUGAUGCUCGAGCUGGAACCUUGCUCCGCCUGGUCAGCUGACUUCUGCCACACCCUCCUUCACCUGGUGCCGCGUUCGCAGUACAGGAUCACUGUGUGGGCUCGCAAUGCUGAAGUGGACGACGAUGGAGACAAGAGCACAGUGCUGGCUACUACUGUGGAGGAUGGAGCCCCGGACGCCCCUGAGAGCCUGCAGAUACUGAACCACUCGAACGCUUCUCUCACCGUACAAUGGAAGCUGCCGCGCCUCUUCAGAGGCAUCAUCAGGUCCUAUGUGCUGAACAUCGAGCAGACGGAUGCCUUCGACUCGUCAGACUGCUGCCAGUACUUCCCACUGCUCGAGGUGCCCGUGCGCUCGGAGCUGCCCUGGUACUCGCACACGUUCGCGAACCUGAGCUCUGCUUCCAAGUACACUGUGAGUGUGUCGUGGAAGACAGUCGCGCUGGGCCCUUCAGCGACUCUGAUGGUCGCCACCAGACCUGCCGCUCCUGAAAUGGACGAAACUGUCUACUUUGAAAACAACAAAUUUUACGUAGAAGGAAUGACUACGGAGGAUAAUCUUCUCAGGGGUUACUUGGUGUUAGUAAGACCUGAAAACUCAUCGCAAAGCUUUCCAGUCGCAAAGUUUCAUAGCGCUGACUUGGCUGAAGUAGUGCGGAGAAACAUCAACGGCCCAUUUCACAUCGCAGCUGAAUUAAUACCAGAGGAAUUAGAAAAAGGCUCAGCAGUCAUUGAGCUAGGAAGAAACGAGAAGAAAGAUGGUGUCUUUUGUCGUGUGGAGAACCUAACACUGCCCGCCGGCAGGUACACAGGAAUCUUAGUGAAGAUUAGGGAAUAUUCAUCAGUGCAUACCAUCUCGUGGUUUGGAACGGACUCUUUUACAAUAGAAUAAAAUGAUGUAAAAGGUGAAUGGAAAUAGUGGAAGGAGAAAACAAAAGUAUCGUCAUCAAUUAAUUAGUAAAAAUCUAUAGAGUUUGCUAUAAUAAAUUAGGAAUGGUGUUUAAAAAAAUUUGAAAACUGUUUUGUAGUUGAUUUAUAGUGUAAACAUAAACUUAGUAUGUGUUAGAAUUUAGUUUUCUUAAAUUGUAUUUCAGUUUUAAAAAUAAAUGAUAGUAAUUUUAAAAAAAAUGUAUCUUUACACUAUCAAAAUGUAUGCAAGUCUGUAAGUCAUAAUUGACACAAUAUAUCCCACCUUGUGCUGAGAAACCACUGAGAGGUGUUGUGAAAGUAUUUCAUCUAUUGCAUGUUUGAUGCGUAGAGCAAAUUAUAACAGACUGGCUAAUCAUCCGUGGCUUCAAUCACACAAAAAUCAGUAUAGAGCUAAUAUUAUUACAUUGAAAGAAAUGUUUGUGAUAAAUUUAAGGCAUUUUCAAUU